AUGUGGACCUGCGGUUUUGCGAGCUGCCAAAAACCGGCUGUUCGCACCCUCGACGAGUGUGUGCUUUGCAACCGCCAUCUAUGCGCCGAGCACCUUCAGCCUACAUACCAUACCUAUCCCAAAUGGACGGACGCAGAUAGAUACGAUCCCCUAGCUGGGGAGGCUGAAUCGCGCGAGCUCACAGAGUUUAUCGCAAAGAUCAAUACCCCCGCGCUUGCAUCGCGAGCCAGUCAUCUGCGCGGAGGGAUACCCUGCUCAAUCCCUCCCCUUUCCUAUGACAGAGCUACGCGGAGUUCCGUGAUAGGCGGCUCAACGGUACAUCCCCUCCGGCCGCACUGCGAGACUACAUCAUCAAAUCCUAGGUCGCGGCCCUCCCAGUUUUUCGAGCAGACGAGUGUGCCUGCUCCUAAAGUAUUUGAUUUUGCCCUAGAGCAUGCGAACAACCCUAACCAGUGCAUCCCCACUCAGGAGCAGCAGCGAAAAGUGCUGAGCCAGCUCGCUGACACGUUCAUCGAGCUUCACAAGUAUCCAUUCGACCGUCUCGGCUCCCUAAAUAUCCCAGGAGACCUGUAUAUCGGGCUAUUUGCCCGCGAAUCCCUCACCGAUUUCGCGCACGCCGAGAUGCGCACCAUGGGGCUCUUCUCAUCGCUGGAAGAUGCGGUCAAGGCGGAUGAUGGCGUGGGUUGGGAUGAGUGGAAAGAUGCUAUCUCUCUAUUGCCAGUCACAGGCUCGCGUGACUAUCUCGAUGUCUUGUUUUCAUGCAGAUUUAUUGCCCAGAUGAGCUUGCCGAGCGCAUGCUUAUGUAGCUCGCGCUUUGGGGAGCAAACACUGCCAAACAGCCCUGUAAUUAAGCGAGCGAGCAACCCUGAGACGAUCGUUAGGGCAGGUACAGCACGCUAA